UUUAAAAAUAACGUAUAAUUAACUCAUUACUUACGUGACAUGACUCCGAAAUAGAGCAAAGACAAUCUCUCUUAUUGCUACGAGUGCCUAUUUAUCUAAACUACAUAUGAAAUAUUCAACUCAGACGUUGUCUAAAAAAGAUACACCGUUUCAUUUUGUAUAAAGUUGAUUUUCGACCCUCCCACCAGACCUUUUUUUUUGCUCCGCCACUGGUUCUAGGUACAAAAAUUUCCAAAUACGUUGGAAUAAGGAGUAAGCCAAUUGUCAUAUGCUCGUGUAGAUUUGUAGCCGCAGCUAUCAAGAAUUGAAACUCAUAGCGAUCGUGUGGAGGUGACAGAUCAUUUAUGCAGGAUUGGGGAGCCGGAGCCCUUCGCUGGGAUUAACCUUUUGGACAAAUUGUAGAGUUGUAUCCGUUGUCAUCCUAGUAUCUGGAGGCCCAAUGCUUUCCCUGUAAUUCUACAACGCUACUUUUAAAUCCAUCGUUUUCUAAUUCGAUAUUCAAAUUGACGAAAUGUGUUCUUCCUCUGUCUCCCGAUGGCCCCUCUAUCUUCACUCGAACCCAAACCAAAGUCGAAGUUUUUCCUCCAUUAUUUCCCGAAAUUCUCUGAAACUCUUCUCCCUCAACUCAGCCCGCAGCCCUGAAAUCCUUCGCAUCCGACCCGAGCUUCACCGCUCAGCAUUGCCCACAUCAAAACCCGCACUGGCAAACUGUUCGUUAACUCCCAAGGAGAGGAUUUCCAAGCUUCUCAGCGAGAAAUUAGCGAUUUUCAUAUUCGGGUCAUUUAUUUUAUUGGGGAGUUUCAAGGUCAGGCCGGCAGUGGCGCAGCCGAUUCAACAAAGUAGUAGUGGGGUUGAGGCCGCUGAGGAAAAUACGGAGGCCCAGGUUGGUGAAACCGAGGAGACGUUGUAUUUGAAUUUGCUGGAGAAGGACCCCAAAAAUGUUGAGGCUUUGAAGAUGAUCAUUAAUAUAAUGAUGAAGAAAGGGAAGACUAAGGAGGCUGUGAAGUACGUGGAGAUGUUGAUUGAGGUUCAACCUAGGGAAAUUGAGUGGAGACUGUUGCAGGCUUUGUGCUAUGAGAUUAUGGGGCAAUUAAGCAAGGCAAAGAGAUUGUUCAAGGAAAUAUUGAAGCAAAACCCUUUAUCACUUAGAGCAUUGCACGGUCUAGCAAUGGUUAUGCACAAGAACCAGGAAGGCCCUGCUGUAUUUGAGAUGCUGAAUGGUGCUCUUGAAGUGGCUUGUCGAGAAAAGAGAGUCAAUGAGGAAAGAAAUAUAAAGAUAUUGAUUGCACAGAUGCAUGUAAUAAAGGGAGAACUACAGGAGGCUUUGGAGAAAUUAAAAAAUCUUGUUCAAGAGAACCCAAGAGAUUUCCGCCCCUACCUGUGCCAGGGAAUUGUUUACAGUCUUCUUGACAAAAAGAAGGAAGCUGACGAGCAGUUUCAGAUGUACCGAGAUCUUGUGCCUGAAGAAUUUCCAGGGAGAGGAUUCCUCGAUGAUGUUAUGUUGGCUGCUAAAACCCAAUCCAAGGAACAUCUCCAGCAAGAGUUUACAGCUGAUAUGAAUGAUAAAAGCAUUUGAACCCCAACACUGAUGGGCAGUUUCUUAGGUAGGUAACUUCUACAAGGAAGAUAUAACAGGUAUUCUACUAAUGACCAUUUUGGUGUAGGAACACUAAGAAAUUUUGGUAUAUGGGAUUGAGGAUUCUGUAAUGUACAACCACGUCUAGAUGGUUUGGCUAU